CAACAACUCUAUGGCAGAAGAGGGCAGGACUUAGUACAUUACAAUUCAUCUUACAUCUUAGGAAACAGAGGCUCAAAAUAGGGAAGUGACUUGCCCAAAGUCUCGAUUCGUCAGUGGCAGAAAUGGACUCAAACCUGCUCUUCUAAUAUCAGAUCUCAUCUUUCCACCUUUCCAAGUAGGGGAUGUUAGAGGUAGGCGUGGGCAUUCUACAAGAAGACAGAAUGAGAGGAAGGAAGGGAAGGCAACGGGAAAAGAGUGAAAAAGAUUUUGACGGGAGAAAGUGUUUUGUUAGAAGUGAGUCCAGCCACUCUCAAUCGCCCCGAUGCCUCUGAAGUGGAAACAGUGAUCACAAGUUACCCUGCGUCUUACCAACUUCUGCUAUUUUGUGAAUCAACCACUGCGCUGGAGAAAUAAAUGCUCAAAAGAUGUCCAAGGAUGUUUCUCGUCUGAGGUUCUGACAGCCGAAUUUAGCCCCCGCCCCACGGAGGCCGUGGCCCCUUUCUCGCCCCCGUUGAGUGCCUUAGGGGGUGAAGACACGGGGAGCGCGAGGGAGCGGAGCGAAGAGGGUUCUCGCUGUUGGGCGGGUGCGGAGGUUGGGCUAAGCACAGGGGGAGCUUGCGGCGGAGCUGUGGUUAGGGGCAUGUGGGUUUUGUGGCUGAGUACCAUGGUGGGGUAGGAAACCAGGAUCACAGCUGAUAGUCAGGGUGGAGUCCACAUACCCAGAUGCGAAUCACUUGGAUUCGGACGAGUUUACUUUGCUCCGUGGGAACUGCACCAAAGCUGGAGGUUAGCAUCUUGCAAGGGGGUAGUAACAUAUCGAGUCGUGAAACUGGGAAAGGCCAGAGCUCUCAGAUCAGAAAAACAUGUCCCGCCGGAAACAGACAAAUCCAAAUAAAGUUCACUGUCACAGAGAAUCUGAAUUCUGACCCUUUGCUUGAACUCUGCCAGUGUCCCCUCUGUCAGCUAGACUGUGGGAGUCGGGAGCAGCUGAUUGCUCACGUAUACCAGCAUACUGCCGCAGUGGUGAGCGCCAAAAGCUACAUGUGUCCUGUCUGUGGCCGGGCCCUUAGCUCGCCAGGGUCAUUGGGUCGUCACCUCCUAAUCCACUCGGAGGACCAGCGGUCCAACUGUGCUGUGUGUGGAGCCCGUUUCACCAGCCAUGCCACUUUUAACAGUGAGAAACUUCCUGAAGUACUUAAUAUGGAAUCCCUACCCCCAGUUCACAGUGAGGGCCCCUCCAGUGCUGAGGGGAAGGACACUGCUUUCAGUCCUCCAGUGUACCCUGCUGGAAUUCUGCUUGUGUGCAACAACUGUGCUGCCUACCGGAAGCUGCUGGAAGCCCAGACCCCUAGUGUACGCAAGUGGGCCCUGCGUCGACAGAAUGAGCCUUUGGAAGUACGACUGCAACGGCUAGAACGAGAGCGUACAGCCAAGAAGAGUCGGCGGGAUAAUGAGACCCCUGAGGAGCGGGAGGUCAGACGCAUGAGGGACCGUGAAGCCAAGCGCCUGCAGCGCAUGCAGGAAACAGAUGAGCAGAGGGCACGCCGCCUACAGCGAGACCGGGAGGCCAUGAGGCUGAAGCGGGCCAAUGAAACCCCAGAGAAGCGGCAGGCCCGGCUCAUCCGUGAGCGAGAAGCCAAACGGCUCAAGAGGAGGCUGGAAAAAAUGGACAUCAUGUUGCGAGCGCAGUUUGGCCAGGACCCUUCUGCCAUGGCAGCCUUAGCAGCUGAAAUGAACUUCUUCCAGCUGCCUGUGAGUGGGGUGGAGUUGGACAGCCAGCUUCUGGGCAAGAUGGCCUUUGAAGAGCAAAACAGCAGCUCUCUGCACUGAAGCGCUCUCCUGUCUGCCCUCCCCCAAAACCAGGCCCACAGGGCUCAGUGCUGCAGGCACCUACAAGGCCAUCCUUGCUGCCAGAGGCAGAUCUGGGUUUGUUGCAGGUGGACCUGUGCACCCCCUUGCAUGUGGGAGCAGGAUGAUGGGGUCAGGAGGUAUCCAGCUCAAGGCACCCUAGACAAGGGAGCAGGUACUCCAGAGAACCGGACUUCCCAGCCACUGCAGCAGGCUGGGCUUGUGGGCCUAUAGGGCCCCAGUACAGCCCAUGAAAUUGUGAGGGCAAAUAAAUUAAUUUUAUCUUUA